AUGAAAACAAAAGCCGCAGUUGCCUUUGAAGCGGGUAAGCCCUUAGAAAUUAUGGAAGUGGAUAUGGAAGGCCCUCGACAAGGGGAAGUGUUGGUGGAAAUUAUGGCCACUGGAGUGUGUCAUACAGACGCCUUUACGCUUUCUGGCGAAGACCCCGAAGGUGCUUUCCCUGCUAUUCUUGGCCACGAAGGCGGCAUUGUGCGCGAGGUCGGUGCCGGGGUUAGCAGCGUUAAACCUGGCGACCAUGUGAUUCCGCUUUAUACGCCAGAAUGUCGAGAGUGUAAUUUUUGCCUCAAUCCAAAAACCAAUUUGUGUCAGUCCAUUCGUUCCACACAGGGGCGGGGGUUAAUGCCCGAUGGCACCAGCCGUUUUUCACUGGAUGGAAAACCCAUUCUGCAUUAUAUGGGCUGUUCCACUUUUUCUAAUUUUACCCUGUUGCCAGAAAUUGCUCUCGCCAAAGUUAGAGAAGAUGCGCCAUUCGAUAAGAUUUGCUACAUCGGCUGCGGCGUAACCAGUAUUGGUGCGGUGGCUUUUACUAUGAAAGUUGAGCCAGGUUCCACGGUUGCUGUAUUUGGUUUGGGCGGCAUUGGCCUGAAUGUGAUUCAAGGUGCCAAAAUGGUAGGAGCUACUCGUAUUAUUGGUAUCGACCUAAACUCUGCGAAAGCAUCAUUGGCGAAAAAAUUCGGUAUGACCGAUUUCGUCAACCCAGCGGAAGUGGAAAAUGUAGUUGACCAUCUAAUUGAUAUGACCGGUGGUGGCGUGGAUUACAGCUUUGAAUGCAUCGGCAAUGUAGAUGUUAUGCGGCAAGCACUGGAGUGCUGCCACAAAGGUUGGGGUGAAAGCUGUAUCAUCGGCGUGGCGGGAGCGGGGCAGGAAAUUUACCGUCCGUUUCAAUUAGUGACUGGUCGCUCGUGGCGUGGCAGUGCCUUUGGUGGUGCCAGAGGCCGUACCGAUGUGCCCAAAAUUGUCGAUUGGUACAUGGAAGGAAAGAUCAACAUUGAUGACCUGAUUACCCACACCAUGCGGCUGAAUGAUAUUAAUAAAGCAUUCGAUUUGAUGCACUCAGGGGAGAGUAUUCGAUCGGUUGUGGUGUAUUGA